GAGAGCACAAGUGUUGGUGAAAUCGUGUGGAAAAAAGUCAAUUUAAAGCUGGAAAAUUUAGCUAGCAGACCGCAAUGGCCCUAUAAAACCUCAUAAAGAAAAAGAAACAUGCGCUGAUAACAUUUAAAACAUUUAUAUUUGAGAAAGAAAAUUUAUUUUCGACCAAAAACAUAGCAUAGCGAGUGAGUGCGGAUAACGUCAAAAGAAGAAAGCAAAAUGUGAGUUCGAGAGAGCAAGAUCAUUCCUCUCUCAAUUUGCUGCGCUCUCCUUCUGUUGCGCUUUCAAUGUGAUGUGAAUAAAUACAGUUUGUUAUUAUUUGAGCGGUCCAGAAGUUAGUUCCGCACUUGUGUGACAUUUAGUAAAUGCAAUUAAUCUUUCGAGAGAAACACUAAAACACCUUGAGAGUGAGUGCAACGUGAAACUCUUAAAAUGGAUGCACAGUUUGAGCACUUGUGUCGUAUUUGUGCGGCCAACACUAAGAGCAAAAACAACUCUGUGGUCGAAAGUGUUUUCAUAUUCAAGACCCAAGGAUUGAAGGAUAAAAUAUCGCGUCAUCUAUACCUAAACGUGGCUGAGGAGGAUCCACUGCCCAAGGUACUCUGCAAAUCCUGCUACCGUCAGGUGGAGGCCACAUCGUCGCUUUCGAACAUUGCAAAGCACACACAGCUUGUGUUUCGGGACUUUUUACUAAGCACAGUGCCGAAAAAUGAUCGCGAAGCAACGGCAGCACGGCUUGACAUGCCAAUGGAGCAGACAGCUGGAAAAAACGUGGAAAACCAUUCGGUGACUGAUGAAUUCCGUCCGAUUUUUCUCACCCGGGGACCAGAGACCACCAUCACAAUAUCUAUGCCCCAGGCGGGUACCCAAGAACAGGAUGACGUCGUGGGCGAUAGAUUGAAGGAUAUCCGUCUUGAGUCGCAAAGGGAGCGGACCCUACCGGCUGCAUCUUCCAGCUAUAGUAAUAGCAUGGGUGGCAUAAGCGCAGGGAAAAGCAAUAAUAUGCUACCAACGCGGCGCAGCAGUGUUUUUGUUGAUACGCGUUACGGCUCGGCACCAAUGUCGAUAGCACAACGAUCGAUGCAGCAUCCUCCAUCCUUGGCGCCCCUGCAUACCGAAGUAAGGGCAUUGAAAACAUCAAAGAAUAGCCCGGAUAAGAAACAUUCGCCGGCAGGCGUCAUCAACUUUAUUCAGACGCAUGGACGUGUUACAGGCAACGCACCUGAUUUCAGUAGCAGUAGCACUAAAAAGGACGAUGCAGGACAAAACUCCAACCGUACGGAUACCAGACAUAUUCAUCCUUCUGUGCAUGCUCCACCCUCUCCCAGUAGCGUCAGCAUGCCCAAUCUCCCCAACAGCGUGCUGCAGCAAAAACGGAGAAACCUCAAAAAUGCGUUGAACAAUAUAAAAGCCAUACACAGUGGACAGGUAUCACUGCUGAAAUCGGCACAAAGUCGACCACCAGUUGACGAUGUUAGACCCCUAGUCAACACUACAGUUGUGCCUCACCAAUCCCUGUAUGGAUGUGAGCCAUGCGUCGAAGAGGCACUGCCGGAGCACAUUAUUAUAGCGGCACCUAAGAAAAAAAAGGUUGAUGUCCACCUCACGGCUCAAAAGGGGCCACCCAAACUUAAAAAGAUAGUUUCAAGCCCAGCCAAACCGGCGCCUGUCACACUCGACUUAACUUUAACAACAACAGGUCCCCAAAUUUCUGGCCCAACUCAAUCGAUGCCUAAUGUGAAUAGUCUUACGGAUGCCAUUUCAUUGGGAAGUGUUAUUCGGGAUCCUGAUUUGUUAAGGCUUAUUCUAAAGGCGCUCAAAUGGCCAGUCUCACACGGAAAUUGUGAAGAGCAAAUGACGCGUUUAAAAAACUCAAAGUUUGCUGGUAUUAUGUCUGACAACAAUCUUUUGCAAGACACUGAUCUCACGCAGUUGCUCGGCCCGUAUUUGGCUCCCAUGCUGGCGGUGGCUCAGCACCACGAAAAUCAAUCGCCUACAUCCGUAUUCGCAUCUAACUCGAUGGCUAAUUCAUCACAGGCGUCCAACGAGGCUAUAAACAUUGCCGACUUAUCAAGCGCAAUUCCAUAUAAAUUACCUCCGGAAACGUCAGUUCAAUUAGUGCCAUCUAGUCCCACGGAUCAGGAACCACCACAACUACGGCCCAUGAAGACAGUCGGUGUCCCCUCCGUGAAGCGCCUACAACGAAAGAUGCGAGCCCGCGAUCUCGUUUCUGGAAAGCAGUCGGGCACUAUGACCGCAGCAACGACAUCGAAUGCGGAACGUGUUACCAAUGAGCUACUAAACAUCAACUCUAUAUUAAUAUCGCAAUUCAGAUCGAAUCCAGCCGAUGCGCUAAACGAAGCACUUGUUUCAAUGCUAAAGGAACAGCAGGAAUCAAAAGACCAAAAUAAUAGUCACCGUCGUCGUAGUGCAUCCAGUAGUAAUCUCAACUUGGAAGAUAUUGUUCUAGUCGAGCCGCAACCAGCCCUACAGGACGCUCAAACUGUUUCUGACAUAAGUGAGACCAGUAACGACUUGAACCAGAAUGCCCAAGCACCUUUGAUAGCACAACCAAUUCUGAAGAGGCGCACGACCGUCAUUCCGUCAUCGGAACUACCUGAAACCAUAGUGCCUAAUAGGGAAAAACCCUUGACUCCCAUAAAAGGCAAUGAAAACAAUGUUACAACUGAACCUUCUAUAUCUAAGAAUUCGGAAGAGGAUAAAAAUAUCGAUGUGAAACCUGCAAGCCCUCAAGAGCCAUUAGAGUUGUCACAAGCACCCACUAGUACAGUUCCGGACGCCACAAAUAACGCCAAUAUCACACCCAACACUCAGGAACACCCUGAGACAACUACUGAUGCCGCUUCCGUUAAUUUAAAUGAUAGCGAAGGUGUCGGCAAAGCAGGAAUUCGCAAAUCAGAUGUCAAGUCUGCGCUUGGUCAAAAAUUGCUAGAGGCAAUUGGUCUCCCACAGAGUAACGAUGUACCACCGGAGAGUUCGCGCGAUACACUCCGAAGCGCACUAAAACGGUCUCUGAAAAAAGCCCAGGAGCAACAGCAACAAUUGAAGAGAGUCAAGCAGGAAGAGCCUGUGAAACAAUUGGCUGAUUCAACCACCAAGCCGAGUGCUUCUGAAUCAGCUGAGGAACAUAAGAAAGCCAUAGCUGAACGAGAACUGGCGCUACUGAAACGCAGAUCUAAAGUAUCCGAAGAAAGCAAAGCAUCAAUGAAAGAUGAAAAAUCUGAACGGACAGAUGUAAGUUCUUCCUCGUCGCGGAAUCGUCGAAAUCACAAGUCCAAGACGGACUUAUUAGUGGAAGACUCAGCGGAUGAUGAAAAGAAAGCCGAGCGAUGGGAUGAGGAUGAUGACUUGCCAUUGAAAACGGAAGGGGAGAAAGUCUUAGAAAGGAGCGGUAGCAGUAGCAGCAGUCGCCCCGCACGUACCAGCAAGACUAUGUCUAAGUAUUAUAAAGGACCUAGCGGUGACAAAACAUUAUCGUCCCUAAAAUCGCAACACUCAAUGGGCACACGAUCGACACGGCAACGUUGAAAUGUUUAAAUACACGAUUCUGCUUACCUGUCUUCACGUAUCAAAUACGACAAUAUAUUUUUGGACAAGUAAUGUGUAUAUAUUUUUAAGCCGCAUUUCCAUGCAAAAUGGUCAAUUUGUACAAUGUACACGCGAAUAUAUAGACUAUCUUAUAGUUAAUAACAGUUACAUUUGCAGCUGAAGCUGAUUAACCGCAACGGUGCGAAAAUAGUUCAACUAUUUGAAAAUUUUAAUGAAUAUAUACUCUGAUUUGGAUUAGUAUCUACAUACAUAUAUAAAAUGACACACUGCUCAUUAUUAUUAAAUGCAAGAAUAUGAUUUGAAACUUAUUAAUUAAUUUUUUAAUAUCUUAUCCAAAUAAGUGAAUUUAUGUACAUAGUAUAUGUAAAUAAUCUGACAUAGAAAACGUUAACUAUACCAGACAAUUAAGUUUUUAGGAGAACAAAACUGAACAGCGUGCUGGAUAGCUGCUUUUGUCAGGUUGUUUCUUUUCACUUAAAAUCAAUGUACGAUACCAUCUGAAACACAGAAGAUCAAACUAUCAAUUAUAAUGAACUCUUAAUAGUAUAUGUAAGUAAUGAGUUAUUCUGAAGUCUACUCUUAAGUUGCUAAGUUUUAGAUCUAAAGAACCAUUCAGAUUUUGUUUAAUAAUAUUAAUGGUCAAUCUGUUAUCGGAUUACCACAACAAGCACUAUUUUCGAGAAAUAAAUAUCAAACCUUCUUUUGUAUAAUACUAAUAUUU